CGGAGCCCCGCCGGGAAGAAGGAGAAGAAGGAGAGGAAGAGGAGGAAGAGGAGGAAGAGCCCCGUCGGUGUCAGCAAAGACAGACCUCGAGGAGGAGGAGGAGGAGGAGGAGGAGGAAGAUCCUCCAUCCCCGAGCCAUGCGCCUCCACGCCGACCUGGCCUGCCUGGCCCUCCCCGCCGGGAACCCCGGCAUGGUGGAGGCGGCGCCCUCCUCGUCCCCUUCCUCGGAGGUCUCCCCCUCGCCGCCCUCUCCCUGCCGCUCUCCCCUUCCGACGGCCGCCGCCUCCUCCUGCUCGCCCUGCCGGUGCCACGCGCGGCAGCUCCUCCUGCAGCUGGACGGGCAGCGGGCGCAGGGCUGGCUGUGCGACGUGAUCGUGGUGGUCCACAACGCCCUCUUCCGCGCCCACAAGAACGUCCUGGCCGCCAGCAGCGCCUACCUGAAGGCCCUGGUCCUCCACGACAACCUGGUCACCCUGGACCAGGAGAUGCUCAGCCCGGGACUCUUCCGCGCCGUCCUCGACUUCAUCUACACCGGCAGCCUCCCACGGGCCUCCUCCUCUUCCUCCUCGACGGCGGGGGAGCCCUCGCUGGGUGCCCUCUUGGCCGCCGCCUCCUACCUCCAGGUCCCGGACCUCGUGGCCCUCUGCAAGAAGCGCCUCAAGCGAAACAACAGCCGCCCCAGGAACAGCCCCAGCGCCAAUGCCAACCAUGCUCUCCUCCUCCGAGGGGUCAUCCAGGGCGGAGGCGGUGGAGCCAGGGACGGCAGCGGGGCCCAGCUCUACGCCGCCCCCGGGGCCCUCUUCCCCCCGCCGCCGCCUCCUCCUCCUCCGUCGGGCCUUUGCUCGCCCCUCUGCGGCCUGGACCUCUCCAAGAAGAGCCCCGAGGGCCCCGCCGCCCCAUCCCCCGCCGAGAGCCGCCUGCGGGGGGCCCUGUCGGAGCGCCCUGCCAGCCUGGUGGGCAACCACUUCGAGGAGGGACCCCUGCCUCCGCCGCCUUUCCCGCCCCCGGCGCCACCUUCCUCCUCGACGGCGCUGCUGCCGCCGGCCUUCCACUCGCUGCUGCACCCGCCGCCGCCGCCGCUACUGUCGGAGGGAGCCAGGGCCGAGCUGGCGCCGGAGCUGCUCUACCGCUGGAUGAAGCACGAGCCUCUGGUCGGGGGCUACGUCGGGGAAGCCCUGGAGGAGAUGGCGGCGGCCGAGGAGGAGCGAGAGGAGGAAGCCCGGAGGCAGCAGCAGCGGAAGAGGAGGGUGAGGCCCCGGGAGAAAGAGGGCCGCUCGCCGCCCUCGCCGCUCCUCCGCCCGCCCCAGCGGAGGUACCUCCCCGACGGAGCCGGGACGGAGGCCCUGGGGCCCGGGAAGAGCAGCAGCACCGAGGAGGAGGAAGAGGAAGAGGAGGAGGAGGAAGAGGGAAGCGGAGGGAGCAGCGGCGGCGUCGGAGGGGCCUUCGGAGCCUACGGCGAGGGCUUCGGGGGAGACAACCUCUACGUCUGCAUCCCCUGCGGCAAGGGCUUCCCUUCCUCGGAGCAGCUCAACGCUCACGUCGAGGCUCACAACGAAGAGGAGGAGGAGGAGGAGCGGGAGCGGGAGGAGGCCCGGCUGCUGGGCUCCCCGGCUCCGCUGGGCCCCCUGCCGCCGCCUCCUCCUCCUCCUGCUCCUCCUCCGGUUCUUCCUCCGGCUCCGGCUCCGUCGGGGCCAGACCUGCUCCGUCCCUACCGUUGCUCGUCGUGCGAGAAGGCCUACAAGGACCCGGCCACGCUCCGUCAGCACGAGAAGAGCCACUGGCUGAGCCGGCCCUACCCUUGCUCCAUCUGCGGCAAGAAGUUCACCCAGCGCGGCACCAUGACGCGCCACAUGCGGAGCCACCUGGGCCUCAAGCCCUUCGCCUGCCAGGCCUGCGGCAUGCGCUUCACCCGACAGUACCGCCUGACGGAGCACAUGCGCAUCCACUCCGGGGAGAAGCCCUACCAGUGCCACCUUUGCGGGGGCAAGUUCGCCCAGCAGCGCAACCUCCUCAGCCACAUGAAGAUGCACGCCGCCGCCGCCGCCGCAGCCGCCGCCGCCGCCGCCUCAUCUUCCUCGCUGGGCCCCGACGGGGCAGCCCUCGGGCCCCGAUCCGCCCGGCUGGACUUCCCCGAGGGCGCCCUGGCCCUGGCCCGCUCCCUGGCCCUUCAGAGCCAGCCGGCCGCCUUCCUGGCCGAGUCCAAGGCCGCCCUCGAGAGCCUCUACCUGGGACUCAGCCCCGACAAGGCCUCCCCGCCCCCCCCCCCCGCCGCCCCCGGCCCCCGAAGGUAGCCCCAGGAGCCCCCCCGCCUCCGCCCCCCGUCCCUCCGGGACUCCUCCUGGGAGAGCCCCACGGAAGGAGCCUCGAACGCUUCUCGCCCCCCUGAAGAAGGAGAGGGAGGAGGAGGAAGGGACACCAGCCCCUUGGCACCCCUUGGCACCCCUUGGCAGAGGACCUGGCCCAGGCCAGCAUCGCCAUCCUCUGGGGCCCAGAGAGGGUGCCUUGUCGCCCAAAGUCACCUCACAGGUCCCCAUAUGGCACCCUCCUCAUCCCAGGCCCUUCUUGGCCAGACUCCUUCCGAAGAGGCUUUGCCAUCCUCUC